ACUGAAAAUUGAGUGAUUGUGACUCCAACGCGUUUUGCUCGCCGCAAACACACCCGAGACCACCAACAACCAACAACACCAUCACAAUACUAGCUAGUAAUUCAAUUCAAAGGAAAGAAAAAAGCAACAAGCAAGAGAUACAAGAGAGCUCAUCAGAGACAUUGAAAUAUUGAUCGACCAUGGUGGCACCCCUUCCCGGUACCGGUGGCGAAGCAGUGGUCUCAGUGAAAAUUCGCCAUUUGGUGUUUUUCUUUGGGCUGCUUUUGGUGAUAGCACAGCUGGCUGUGGAUCAUGGAUGGGGAUCGUCGUUCAACGAGGACGAUGAGGGUGGCAGUUCCAUAAGGAGCCUGCGUCAAGAGGAUGCUGCAGUGCACAGUGAGGAACUGAUAGAUCUCAAGAAUCAAUUAGAGUCGCUCGCACAGGAACUGGCGUCAGUUAAGGGCGACAAACAAAAGCAAGACAAAGACCAGGAUCUGACAGGUCUCAAGAAUCAAUUAGAGUCACUUAAGCAGGAACUGGCGUCAGUCAAGGGCAGCAGCCAAAAACAAGAUGAGAGCAGCAGCAAUGAGCUGAAGGCGCUUCGAAAAGACCUUGAAUCGCUCAAGGCCAACAAAAGCAAUGAACCUGAACCCGCGAAAGGAAACGAGGCAGCAGCAGUCGAACCUGCUAAGCCUCAAACGGUGGUUGAAAUUGAAGCAGAACCAGAACCUGAUACUCCCUGGGCCAAACCUCACGCAAAACGAGAGUUCGGGAAGCCUUAUGACAAGGUGGUGAUAGCAACAAAAAUCCAUGGCCAACAUCAGCUCUUUAUUCUGAAGCAAAUGCUCUGCUUGUUCACAUUUGCUUACAACGACAGAAUGAAAUAUGACGUUAUUGUCUUUACCACCAUUCCUCUGGAAGAAAAGGAUGUUAAAGACCUAGAAGCCCUGGGAUUACCCGCCAAAGUCAGUGUUGUGGUCGACAAUCCCGGUCUUCACGUGAUGGUGGACAACUUGGAGCCAGACCGGAAGGAGAAAUUUUUGAAUCGAUGCAAUGUCACUAAAACAGCCGAUUUGAACUGGCAUUCAGUGUGUUUUGAGCCCGAUGGAACAUGGCAAAAGCUAGCCUACAAUUGGCAAGCAGAAUUCAGAUCCCUGCACCUUUGGAAUCACCCAGCUUUGACAAAUUACAGAUACAUGUUUUGGAUUGAUGCGGAUGGCUUUAGUUCCGAAGUUUGGAAACGUGAUCCAGUGGCCUACUUCAUCGAAAACAACCUGGUCAUGUUCUUUAAUAACUUUGGCCAGGGUAAAUCUGCAGGAAGAGUAAAAGAAUUCCGGGAACGAUUCCAAGCUGCCUUCAACAAAACUGUUACAAACUUGAGAGUUGAAGAGGGACAUCUGGCAGCAGACGAGGGGCUUGGACCCAUCCACCAAAUCCACGGAUUCUUGCAUAUUACCGACCUGGACUGGUUCCGUUCAGAACCUGUGAUGAAGUGGUUACGGAUAUUGAUAGGCGACGAGUUCCUGGUUCGCAGAUUUUGUGACCAGUUGGCCGUCACAGGGGCCACAGCUGUCCUUGCUCCAGAGAGGAGCUGGGACAUGCGCUCACAUGGAAUCAAGCUCAAUGUGUUUCACAAUGGACAAUUUGAUGGAAAAGAAUACUCUCAGACUCACUUCAAAAAGUACUGGCAUGAGCGUGGAGGAAAGGAAAAAUUCCCCGUGGCUGCUCAAGAAACGUGCGAGGUCACCGCUGCUGGCUAAUUCACUCCUCCAUAUUAUUUGUUCGCAGAGGCAACAAGGUGCUUCGAACUCAGCUCAACCGAGAUGGUUGGCUCUCUAUCUUGCGUAGAUUACCCUCAAUUGUGUACUUCUUUAUACUGACAAAGUAAUCUUUCUAGCGGGCUAUAGAAAUUCAUUGCUCCCAUC